AGUGUCGAGCCUGAAAGCGAAGAACGAAGAGCAGAGAAGGAGCCGACAGACAGACAGACAGAUAGACAGACAGUCGAGAGUCGCAGCUAAACGGCGUCUUCGGAGCCGCAAACAGCCGCUUUGAUGUCUGCUUAAAUCAACGGCUGCUGACGGUUGCCUCGAGGAUUUAACGUUCAGCUCCCGGUGUGAGAUUUUGAUGCUUUUUUUCACCAUAGUUAGUCGAAGUUUUCGACUAUCACGACUUUGUUACGGACCUUUUUUAUCGUCUAUCUGUGGGAUUAAUCAUUUUAAAUCAGGACUUAACAAUUCAACAAUUAGCUACUUCUCGUGUGUGGCUGUUCUCGGAGUGUUUUUCGUCCAGAGCUAACGGUAAAGGCAACAUUACGACCCGCUUUCGCCAUGGGGAAAUAGCGGAGCGUUUCUCUCUCAAACCGACCCCGUGUUUUUGACUCUUUCAUGCUCUAUUUCAGAAGACAGAGUCGACUUUUGACUUUAAGAAAAUGAGCAUGGAUGGUUGUCCGCUGAAGGUAGCGAUUUUUUUGUGGUGUAUGCUGGUGAUUUCUGGCUCCAGCUUUGAAAUCGGCUCCUACGACCUGGAGCGUGGCAGACCAGCCAAGUGCGAGCCCAUCGUGAUUCCCAUGUGCCAGGGGAUCGGCUACAACCUCACCCGGAUGCCCAACUUCAUGGACCAUGACGACCAGAAGGAAGCUGCCAUUAAGCUCAAUGAGUUUGCCCCUCUUGUGGCUUAUGGUUGUGAUGUGCACCUUCGCUUCUUCCUGUGCUCGCUCUACGCCCCCAUGUGCACGGACAAAGUGUCCACCUCUAUCCCCGCAUGCAGACCCAUGUGUGAGCAGGCCAGGGAGAGGUGCGCCCCCAUCAUGAAGAAGUUCAGCUACACCUGGCCGGACUCGCUCGACUGCUCCAAGCUGCCCACCAGGAAUGACCCUAAUGCUCUGUGUAUGGAAGCCCCUGAGAAUGAAACCAGGACUGAGGGCAAAAAGGGUGAGGGUAUGCUUCCUGUUCCCCCUCGACCCAGGCAGCCGGGUACCACCAGCGGGCGCUCCCCGGGCAGCUCCUGUGAGAACCCGGACAAGUUUCAGUUUGUGGAGAAGAGCCAGUCCUGUGCUCCUCGCUGCUCCCCGGCUGUAGACGUGUUCUGGUCUAGACAGGACAAGGACUUUGCCUUCAUUUGGAUGACUGUGUGGUCCAUUCUCUGCUUCGUUUCCACUGCCUUCACUGUCCUAACCUUCCUCUUAGAGCCUCACCGCUUCCAGUACCCUGAACGCCCCAUUAUCUUCCUGUCCAUGUGCUACAAUGUGUACUCUGUGGCCUUCAUCAUCCGCUCUGUGGCUGGAGCGGAGAAUAUCGCCUGUGACAGGGAACACGGCGAGCUCUACAUCAUCCAGGAAGGACUGGAGUCAACAGGCUGCACCAUCGUCUUCCUCAUUCUUUACUACUUUGGCAUGGCUUCCUCAAUCUGGUGGGUCAUCCUCACCCUCACUUGGUUCCUGGCUGCGGGAAAAAAGUGGGGCCAUGAGGCUAUAGAAGCCCACAGCAACUAUUUCCACAUGGCAGCUUGGGGCAUCCCCGCUCUGAAGACCAUCAUUAUUCUCACAAUGAGGAAGGUGGCUGGGGAUGAGCUGACAGGGCUGUGCUAUGUGGGCAGCAUGGACUCUGGGGCACUCACCGGUUUUGUCCUCAUCCCUUUAUCCUGCUACCUGAUCAUUGGCACUUCCUUCAUCCUCACCGGCUUUGUGGCACUCUUCCAUAUCCGCAAAGUGAUGAAAACAGAGGGCACCAACACAGAGAAACUCGAAAAGCUUAUGGUGAAAAUUGGCAUCUACUCCAUUCUCUACACCGUGCCUGCCACCUGUGUAAUCGUCUGCUACUUCUAUGAAAGACUGAACAUGGACUACUGGAAGCUGAGGGGGCUGCAGAUGAAGUGCGGCUCAUUCAACAGCCUGAGUGGGGACUGUGCGCUGCAGACAUCAGUGCCCACGGUGGCUGUGUUCAUGCUGAAGAUCUUCAUGUCACUUGUGGUGGGCAUCACCAGUGGGGUGUGGGUGUGGAGCUCAAAGACCCUGCAGACCUGGCAGGGCCUGUGCAGCAGAAAGCUGGCAGACAGGACUAGAAGCCGGAAGCCGUGCAGUGGCGUCAGCUGUGGCAGCACACACUGCCACUACAAAUCCCCUGCUGUGGUUCUGCAUAUGGCCAAGACUGACCUGCACUCAGACAACCCCACACAUGUCUGAGACAGAGCAUAACACACACACACACAUAUGCGCACGCACACAAAAACAAAUAAACACACUCACACACACACUGCCAAAUGCAGACACUCUCUCACUCAUACACUCAUGCCCUGAGUAGGGAGCUGCUAAAGACUUUGUGAGAAGGACUGAACUGUCAGGUACAGCUCUGCUGCUGCCAAGGGACACACAGGCAUCACUAUGAGAUACUAUCUAUAAACAGUAUUCAGUGCAUAAAGGGAAAUGUUCAGUAUUGUUACCUAUAUUUUUCUGUUCAUAGUGUUCUGUGCAGUAGACAUGCCCAGUGUUUCAAAGCAAAAAAAGAGCCUGUUUUUGGAGGUAUCUUGGGAAAUAUUAGUCUUUUCUCCUCCUUUCAAGUGGCAUGAUUAUGUGUAUAAAUCUGUAUAAAUGUUUUAUUUAUUGUAAAUAUAUUUAAUUUAAAGUUCACCUUAUCAGAUUUGUCGGUUAGAUGCAUUUAUGGAAGCUAAAGGGAAAUUAAGUGCCUUUUAUAAGAACUCUGGUUUUGGCCUUUUUUUUUUUUUUUUUGAGAGGAAAAUAAAUUUGUGGAAUACAUGUUCAGCCA